AUGAAGUAUAAAGGAAGAUGGUGCAUACCGCAUGGCGAGGAGCUUAAGACUAAGAUUAUGACUGAAGCUCAUAAUUCCCCAUACUCAAUACAUCCUGGUGGUGAUAAGAUGUACAAGGAUCUUAAGAAGAACUUUUGGUGGCCCAACAUGAAGCGUGAAGUUGCAGGCAUUGUGGCGAAGUGUCUAACGUGUCAGAAGAUGGCAGACGCGUAUUUUCAAGAGGUAGUGAGAUUGUAUGGUGUGCCUAAGGACAUUGUAUCAGAUAGAGAUUCGAGGUUUCUGUCCAAAUUUUGGAGGAUGUUACAAGAAGCAAUGGGCACGAUGCUAAAGUUCAGUACUGCAUUCCAUCCAGCAACAGAUGGACCAGACAUGAUUGAGGAGACAACAAAGAAGGUAAGGAUGAUCCAAGAACGUAUGAGGGGCGUGCAAGAUCGUCAGAAGUCGUAUGCAGACAAAAGGAGGAGAGCAUUAGAGUUUGAAUUAGGUGAAAAAGUUUUGCUCAAAGUGUCACCAAUCAAGGGUUUCAUGAGAUUUGGUAGGAAGGGUAAAUUGAGUCCUCGUUUUAUAGGUCCUUAUGAAGUAUUGGAAUGA